ACACAUGUGUAUGUAGUUAGAUAAGUGUGAAAAUAUAAGUUUAUUUCGCGUAAUUUAUGCCCGAUGCCGUAGCUAAAAUAAAACAACAAAAGCAAUAAAUACUCGACAAACUAAAGUAAAAGUCUCCACUGCCUUGCAUUGCUUGGAGAAACGACAAAAAUUAUGCCAAAGUUCUAACUUAUUUUAAUUUCGCUUGUUUACGCGCCUUAAAAUAUGCAGCAGAAAUGCAAACGAGCUCGCGAAAGUUGCACAGCCGCUGAGUGAUGUCUCAGUGCGUAAAUCGGCGAAACGUAAAAUAUAAUUUACAUACACACUAAUAGUACAUACAUACGAAGAAAAGCGCCUAAAACAAAAGCAGAAAUCCAAUCAGUGUUUAAAUUUAAUUUUCUUGCUGCAGAAAAGUUGUUAAAACAGCAAAAGCAAAAUUCUCAAGAUUCCUAAAAAUAACGAACACGAGUCUCAACAAGCGUUUACAAGCUGCGCCGACAGCUAAAUGGAGCAGUAAAUUAAAUCAGCAACAAAAAAAUAAAAACGCAGCGCUUUAAGCAUUUGGCUCAGCUAUUAAAUCCUCGAGACGUGGACAAAAUUUCAUGUAGAGCAUAAACCCACAUAGCAUACUAUAAUAAAAUAUUUGACUACUUACAGCCACGUGACCAAAUAAACGGCAACAAAGCAGCAGAAAGAAAAGCAAAAAAAUAAAAAUAAAGUUUCAAAAUAAAAUUAAAAAUAAUAAUGAAAUUGUGAAGAUACGAAAACAGUGCAAGAAAUAAUAAAAAAAAAUAUUCAAAAGAAAAAACAAUAACAAAAAACUUAAAAAAUUUUGUCAGCAAAAAAUUUCAAUCAAAGUAAAUUCAAUUUAAAAGCUACCCUCAGUGUGCUCCUCACUCAGCCAGGCAGCUAUUGAACACGGAAAAAGCGAGCAUUUAUGUUUCAGGCGUUAAACUCAUUUUACUGGAAAUAAGGUGCGGACACAAACCGAGAUUCUUCUUUUCGAAAUCUGGCAGGAGAAUAAAAAUUUUUAAAAGGCCAACUGGAGAAAACAGCAAUAAAAUAUCGAACAUGCACAUACACACGCAUAAACGAGAGUUAUUAUGAGCCGUGCCGUUUCGCUGCAGGCAUUACCAUUUCAGAUAUGCAAACACACAUACACUCAUACACAUAUGAAACGCAAAAGCAUGAGACAAAUAAAUAAGAGCACAGCAUUGGUUUAAAGAGGCGAAUGUGCAUACAUAUUUAUGUAUUCGUAUAUGUAAAAUAAUCAGCCGCAGCAACAUCUGUUGAAUGCCGAUGUAAUCGAUUGGAAUUGCCGCAACGACAGCAAAAAACACGGCGCAGGGCUAUGCAGACACAGAUACACAACCAACACAUGCGCAUGCAAUUAAAUAGUGAUUUAGAUUUUUUGCCCGACAAUAACACAGGAUAUUAAAACUGUGGCAAAUAUAACCGUUAAGGGCGUUUAAACACAAAAAAACCAAAGCAUAGAGAUAAGCAAUACUUGUGCUUGCCGAGCAGUAAGGGCCAACGCGGUGGACACGCACUUCGCUCAUUCCAGCGCAGCCCCACCGUAGCAGUCUUCGUGGCACGCAACAUGGCCGUGCCCAUCGAUGAGGGCGUGCUGAGCGCUUUGCGCGGCAUAGCGAGCAAAAAUACACGUCUGCCCAAGCCGUUGCUCAUCAAAGUUUAUGUGUCCAGCUUGAAGGAGGAAUUCUGCCAAGAGCGACGCAUGCUGCUGGAACUAGUAGGACCCGAGCUACAGUCCAUUUACGAUGACAGACAAAUCGAGAUUGAAAUCGUCGACAUGCACUUCGGCACUGGCCCGUUGCAAAUUAUGCAAGUCGAACAAGAUCCAUAUAUACUCCAUGACUAUCUGCAUGAAAUCGAGACUUGCUACAACAAUUCGAAAAGUGUCUUUUUCCUGGCACUUAUCGGCGAUAGCAUCGGUCCCAUGCCAUUACCGACGCACAUCGACGAAGACAUUUUCACCGACAUACUACAGCAGGCGCACACGAGCACUGACGACCGAAACCUGCUACAAAAGUGGUACGCAAAGGACAGCACAGCAGACGCAAAAACUGCCAACAGCAGCGGAGAGGGGAGCGUUGCGCCCGCACACGCGUAUGUGCUCAAGCAGGACUAUCGUUCAAUGUUACUUGAAAAAUGGCAUCCGGAGUAUUUGCAGCUGCGUGACACUAUUGAGCGCUCACUGCAAAGCAUUAAACAAAAUGCAAACUGCUCUAAAACGCAGCCGGACGACUUCACCAAGCGCGUACAGAAACUAAGAGAAACUCAACUGGAAAAGGAAGUGCAAAGAGCACUGGAGCUUUCGAAUGACAAAAUUUUGGCUGUGUUUCGUGAAUGGUCUUCGCAAAUGAGCACCAAAAAUGCGGAGGCCGGCGAACGGCUGAGGAAAAUGAAAGAUGAGCUCACUAUGAAUUUGUCGUCCGACAAUUAUACCACACUGGUUGUCGCCGGCAAAUCGAAUGAUGGCACAAUCGAUCCUGACAAUGAGGACCACGAAACAUAUUUGAGCAAAUUUAAAAACAAAGUAUUUGACAAACUACGCUUUCUGAUCGAAGAGCAUAUAACCAACGAUCCUGAUGUCAUCAAGGGGAGAAGAAAGACUGUGCAGGAAAUUUUCCACGAACAUGCCACACACUUACGCAUCCUCCGCGAGCAUCACGAUGCCGCCGCACUUGCCUCGAGUCGCGUGCCCGGCCGCCUGCGUCAAAAUCUGCUGGCCAAUUUCCGCAAUGGCAGUCGCCAUGCGCCCUACUUCAUCUAUGGGCCACACGGCAGCGGCAAGAGCGCGCUCAUGGUCAACUUGUACCAACAGUGCCGCGAUUGGUUCAACUCGACGCGCGUUUAUCGCGUUAUGCGCUUCGCCGCCGCCUCACCACGUUCCGCCUACAAUCUCGAAUUAUUACGUGUGAUUUGCCAACAAAUCUCCAUCAUUUACGAUAUACCCGAGGGUUAUCUGCCCAAAGACGCCUCAUUCGAUCCGGUGUAUAUCAACAGUUGGUUCCAGAAUCUGUUGCGCCGCAUCGAGGAUAUGAAUAAUGAUAUAUUUUUCAUAUUCAUCGAUGACUUGCAUUUAUUGAAUCCACUCGAUUGUGAUGUGGUCGCGGCGUUAUCCUGGUUGCCGACAUCUUUGCCCUGGAAUGUGCAACUUAUUUGCUCGACAACCACGCCCAUCGAACAGUUGCGCUUCACACCCAUACAACGUGAUCGCUUCAAGUCCGCAGAGUUUCUUUUCGAUUUGUCAACGGAGGAGAAUCGCACGGAAUUGCAUAAGCCUCUAGCGCUUGCCGCCGGUUUGCCGGAUAUUUCAUUUACAGAUUUCGUGGCGCACGAAUUCGACCGUUUGGAGGCGUGUUAUGGCAGAAAAUGUGUGGCACGCUUGGCUGGCUAUAUCACAUGCUCGGAGUUUGGCCUAUCGGAAACGGAGUUGUUGGAGCUGCUGAUGCCCACUGAGGAUCCGGAAAUGUUCGUCGAUACAGAGCGUGGCAAUUUCAACUUUUCCACAUUCAAGCAGAUACACAAUGAUAUGAAAUUCCUACUGCGCGAUAAAAUAAUGUCUGGCAAAGUGCUGCUGCAGUGGCGCCACAGCUACUGUGCGGAGCUCUCGAGAAAGCGCUAUAUGGACGCUCAGAGCACACGUGCCAUGCACAUAGCCAUUGCUAAUAUAUUCUUUCAGCAGGAGAGUGAGGAGAACGACGCCAGCACUAGUGAGAAUGCCUCAGGUGAAAGUGACAAACACUCAGUUAUUAGUCAAAAGGAGAAGGAGAGCAUAUCGGCAUCCGAACGCAAAUCAUCAUCACAUCACAAUGAUGACACAUCUACUUUUUAUAAUCCCAUUGCCGCCGAUGUCUCGUACAGCAUGCGUCAUGUGGAGGAGAGUUGGCAUCAUUUGAUGCGCUCCGAUGAUAUUGCGAAAUUUAAGCAAAUUGCUGUUUGUAAUUUCGACUUUCUUUUGGCUGCGGUUCAAACCGUCUCCAUCAGCUAUCUGCGUUGCCUCAUCGAGCAUGUGCGUUGCUAUCUGCUGGAUCGCGACAUCGAACUCAUCUAUUAUACAAUACGCAAGUCGAGCGACGUGCUCACACGUGAUCCAAUGCAGCUUGGCUCACAGCUCAUCUCCUGGCUGCGGCCAAUCAGCGAACAUGACGAGAACGACAACUCCCUGCUGAGCAUAACGGUACGCUCGGCGACCGCCUGGUGCGACGGCUACACUGUGCCGCUGCUGGUGCCACUCACCGGCUGGCUGCCGGCCACUUUGCCCUCGCAGAUACGCGUGAUGACGGUGACCGGCACCGGACAGGUGCGUGACGUUUGCGUCUCGCCCACCAAGCAACAUCUCAUAUUGGCAACCAAAUCCGGUGACGUGCAAUUGUGGCAUAUAAUGAGCAACUCGUUGGAGCACAUUUUUAAAGGUCACACCGCCGCAGUCACGUGCCUGCUAGUAGCACAACAAUCCGAUAUCCUGCUGACUGGCUCCGAGGACAACACGGUGCUCGUCUGGAACGUGACGACGCGUGUGCUGAAGACUCAUAUUAAAUCUCAUGGUGGCAUUGUGACGUGCGUCGCAGCUGGCGUCAAUAGCACCUUGGCCAUUAGUGGCAGUGAGGACUCGACGAUUGCAAUUUCAGAUAUACACAGCGGCAGAUUGCUGCACAAAAUCACACAUCAUCGCGCUGCUGUGACGAGCGUGAAGGUUAGCAAUGCCUGCGAUGUGUUGAUUUCAUCAAGUCGCGAUAAAACGAUUUGCUUAUGGUCCUUGGACGAUUAUACGCUGCUGAACAGCAUGCAGAUGUGCAGUCCGGUGCGGCGAAUUGACAUCUCAUGUGACUCGGUCUUUCUGUUGGCGCACUGUGAAGAUAAUGUGCUGUAUUUGCGCACAUUGGCCACUGGCAAGGAACUGCAUGCCCUCAAAGGUCACAAGUCACAGCUCCAUGCCAUUGCCAUCGCUAAGGAUAGUCAACGCGCCGUCGUUGGUGGCGAGGACACACGCGCACUCAUUUACGAUAUGCACUCCGGUCGCCUCAUACGCUCAAUGCCACCCAAUCCCGGUUCGAUUUCAGCUCUAUAUAUAAUGGAUAACGAUGAUUUUCUUAUCACAGUCGGCGGUAAUAAAAUCACUUUCUAUUCAUUCCGUAACGAAGAACUCUACGUACACCCGUACUCGCAUAAUCAGCGCCGAAAACGUUCAUUGAAACGUGCGCAGCAAUCGCAACGUUCCCCAUCGACCACGCUGCCACCGAUUACAUGUUUCGAUAUAUCACGUGAUUCGCAAUUGGCUGCCAUCGCUUCGAGUCGCAGCGUACAUAUUUUGAAGAUCAACACACCCGAGUAUCAGACGACUCUGGAUGGACACGCAGCCCCCGUGACAUGUUUAAAUUUUGCGCCGAACGGUGAGUACUUGGCAACGGGUGCAGACGAUCGUACGGUGAAUGUUUGGAAUUUGGCCUUGGGCGAGGUAACCAACUCUUUUAAGGGUCACAAUGCGUCGGUUUGUUGCGUUGUUGUGCUCAUGGACUCACGCCGUAUCAUCUCGACCGAUCGCGAUUCCAUGAUGUAUGUGUGGUUGGCCGAAGGCGGCAACUUAUUGCAAACCAUACAGGGGCCAUACAAGUUUUUGGCAGCCACAAAUAAUAUGAAGUUCGCGGUCUCUACAAAUGGUGACAACACAUUGAAGAUCUGGUCACUGACGCGUGAAGAUGAAAAGUACACCGUUUCACAUUCGGACGAGAUCACUUGCUUCACAAUCACCGCCGACAGUUUGUACAUAAUAACCGGUUCGCGUGAUAUGUCCUUAAAGGUAUGGCAAGCCACUGGCGGCAAGCUGGCACAAGUGCUCGUCGGCCAUACCGAUGCAGUGAACUGUGUAGCAGUGUCAGUGACCAACAAGACACAAGUCAUAUCCGGUUCAAAGGAUACCAAUCUCAUCAUUUGGGAUCUGCAUACCGGCGAGGAGCUGCACACGCUGGCCGGCCAUUUAGCGCCAGUGCUGGGCGUCAAAGUGUCGGCAGAUGGUUCAACGGCCAUUUCGGGCAGUGACGAUAAGACACUCAUCGUUUGGGAGACCAAACGUGGCUUGGCGCUCACUUCGCUACAAAUGCAUGUGCCCUUCCAACGUUUCGACAUCAGCCUGGAGUGUUCGCGCAUUUUAGUGCAAUUGAUGGAGAGUUUCAAUUUACCGGUUAUUUGUCUACACAACACACCGGCACAAUACGUUAAAUUGCCCACCUACUCGGCGCCGGCAAUGGAUGCGGAAGACUUACGCCCACAAGGACCCAAGCGUCAAAUGAAGCGUUUACUCAAGAAGGAGGUAUCGCUGGACACCUACACGUGGCAGAAGAAAUACGGCCAUCUGACGUCAUCGGUUAUGAUGGCACAAGUAGAUGAGCGCCUGAAGCGGCGCUUCUCUGUCUCCGCGAGCAUGGAGGAGAUUUCGAAAAUAGCCGAAAUGAAAACAAUCACUUCGCAGACCAAUCUGGGUCCGGAGCAAGCCGCUUUGGCACAAUCGCAGCACUUCGAUCAGCUGGAGGCAUUAUGGAACAAACGCUCGCCACCGCGCAGGAGACACAAUGCGGGUCUCUCACGGCAAACAUCGCUCGUCGAGGAUCGCCUUGAGUCAUCCGAUGACGAUGAGUAUCACGACGAACGAACAGGUAUGUUUUCACUCUCGUGCGAUCAGAUACACUUGUUAGCACUUAAACCGAGCAUGCUGCGAAUGCGUUCACUUUCCUUGCAAGAGCACAUUUGGGUCACAUGUUCUAUGAAGGUACCAAUCGCUCAUUUAGCACUUAAACAACAACAACACGGCCACCAUUUCCACAAUCACCAACACACACACACCUCACAGUACACCACAACCACCACCACAUUCACAACAGCCGACGGCAGCAGCAAUUUCGAAAAUCCGAGCAACAAUACUACCGACAACUGCCACAACAACGACAAAAACAGCAACAGCGUUAAUGUUAACAACACUAAACACCAUAAAAAUCAUACGCAUACCUGCGCCUGCUUGCUGCUGCACCAACACAACCAACUGGCCAACGAGCAGCAACACGAACAAUACCAACAACGCCGACGUUGCAACAGCAGCGCCAGCGCUUUGUCGCAACAACCCGAUUUAGUACGCGAUUUGCAGUGUGGCGACGUGAACUCAGCGCCCAAUUCGCCCGACGACAAAUCGGACGAUGCAACCGAUUAUCUCAGUCGCGCGCGUCACAUCUUCCGCUGGCGCAGUUUUCGAACGCAGCGCGCGGCCAACGCACACAAGUGUCACUCCUUGCAACCGCAAAUUUAUUUAAACACCACAACAACACUAAGCUCUACUCAAGUAACCAACUAUCAUUGCAGCCCACAGACCUGCCUACCGCCCAGAGCCACGCCCAUUAUCAUCGUAGAGAACUAUGAACAUCGCAAUGUGCAACAGGUGCGCUCAAACCGCGUAAUUCAUCCGCGUACGGGGCGCGCUGCUUGGGGUCAGACAGCCGAUGAGUCGGCUACCGAACUGCGUUGCGCCAAGCAAAAACGUGGUGUGAGUAGUAAAGUUGUGCCGCAAGCGGCUGGCACAGCACAGCCCAAGCAGAGACCAUUCAGUGACACAACGUCGCCAACACACGUUCGCAUGUCCGAAUAUUUACGACGCAGCUUGCAUAUGUCGCGCAUAUUUAAGCGAUCGCACUCACAUGGCGGGAAGUCUUCACAACCAGCGGAGACUGCGCUAGGCAAUAAAGGGAAAGCGACUGCAGUUGAAACGGACGGUGCACUAAGUAGCCGAGCGCAUAAGUUGCAUAAUAGAUUUAUGUUGGAGAAGUCAAAAGAAGAAAGGCGUACUAAAUCAGUGGAUAAGGAGGGAGACCACAGCAACUCCUCGUGUGUGAUACAGUAGUGAAUGCCAAUAAAUAGUUAACACUAAGGCUAAGCACAUGGUGUGGACUAUACGUUCAUCAAGUUUUUGUUGCCCCAUUUUUAGCCUCAUACCACCACCAGUGGUUAAGUUGCUCGUAGGUAGUUGUAAGAGUUCCCAGUUCGGUUUCCUCCAAGCGUACAUUUUUGAUUUGCUAUGUACUUUAUAACUAUGUCAGUUAGAACUGCAUACGAGUAAUUUACCGAUAUUCAAAAAUAAUUUCUCUGUAGAAAAGUAAGUCUCCUUUUCUGGUUUAUGGCAUUCUUAUUUGAUGCAUCCAUAUUUAACCAAUUGCCAUCUGAAAUCAUAACUAACGAAAGUCAUUUUUCUAGCGAUGGUAAUCAUUUAGCCAACGAUUUAAGAUAUUCAUUUAUCAUUUAUAGAGGUUUCACUGUACUUUUUGCUGAAAAUUGCCGGUUAGUAGCACCAAGCGGUUUUGAAGGCAAUUAAAAAAACUGAUCGAUUAAUCGAUAAAUCAAAAAAGUAUUACAACUCGGCACUCGAUAUGCACAGAACAUAAAAUUAUUGUAAUAUAAACUUUUAAUCGAUUUUCAUAAUAUUACGAAAAAGUUUUGGUAAUAAAGGGCUUUUUAGACAUGUGGUAUUCAAGAAGGAAUAAAACGUAUGUAAAACAAAAAAUUCGUUUCUGCCGGGGUGGCUUCGUAGAAAUCAUCCCUGCCACCUGCUUGAAACCGGACCGCCUCCCAGGAGCAACAAGAGGUUCUUUCUCAAAUACAUCUACGACAUAAGACAAUACGCCGACCAUACUUCGAACUCAACAAACUUCAGACAUGCACUGACCGCUAUUCGCGGUGGAGCCAUAAACACCUUCACCAACUCCCUCUCAGUGAAUGGCGUACUUGGAGUCAAACCACAGACGAAGAGCUCGAGUUUCCGCGAAAAUCGAGAGUGACCCUUCGUUCUGGAUACUGUAGCAGGUUAAAUUCAAAUUUAUCCCGAAUCGACUCCGACAUAGCAAAUAUAUGUGGAGCGCACAAUGAGUCCCCGCAUGACGCUACCAUCCUCUUUGCAUGCCCAGCUAACACCUCUCAAAGCGGUCCGACCCCGUAGAAACAGCACGUUUCCUGGGAUGAUCUCGAUGAUAACUUAUCUGAACCUUACCAUCCUAACAACGGAAUAGAUAACCAUUACAACAACAAAAGUAGUCCAACGGUAUUAAAUAGUACGAUCUUGGAGGCCACGCCGCAGGACCACCAUGAGUGAUAACGCGCAGAUUGAUGGUUUCGUUAGCUGUAUGGCAUGUAGGGCAUCAGCAACAUCCUUCUAUUCAGCUACGAAAACGUCAUUAAGAGUAUAGUAUAGCGAACCAUAUGGACUGUAAUAUUAUGGCCGCCUUCAUUCUUGAAGAAAUAUGGACCAAUGACCAAAAUUUUGUGGUGAAAACCGGCAUCGAUGACCAUCUGGUUUUGGACCCAUGCACAAAACGUUGGUUCAGAGAAAGACUGUUCAUUAUAAUAGUGGCAAACCGAACUGAGUACAAAUUACGUAUCUUCGGUCAAAAGGACCCACACUGAAAAAAGUAAUACCUUAUUGUAAAUCACACGUCCAAAAAAAACACCCGGCAUUAUACAUUAUACAAGAGCAAUGAUACAAAAUACCCAUGUGUAGAUAAAAAAACAACGAUUAUUAGUUAAGUUAUUUUUAAAAAUUUCAAAAUUUUAGUUAAAGCAUAUUUCUAGCAACAACACUUUCUUGCAGCCGCCACUACACAAUUACCAAACACAAAUCGAAUCAGUCAAUCACUUUUAGCACACCUUUACACUUAAACACUUAUUGCAUAACGGUACCACUUUUUGCCUGUUCCAAAUACUUUGAUUAUGUAGUUUUGCACCAUUUUAUCUUGAAAUCAUUUCAAUUUAUUUUGCAAUGACAUUGCGCAUGAUCUUUUAGCACUGUUUUCCACACGUCGAUUGCAUUAUAAAUGUGCUACCACCCAAAAUGAAUAUUUUACAACAAUUUAGUUUUGUAAUUAUAAAUAUAUGCAAUAGCAAGUAGCCGUGACUUGA